GCAUCUCCAAAAGCUCUGAAUAGCGACAACGAUACUCCUCUGCAUGCUGCCGCAGGUGUUGGAUCGAUCGCAUUAGUUGAGCUUCUCGUCGGAAGGGUCCCGGACAAGGAAAAGCGGGAAUAUGUCAACUCGCCUGCCGACCUGGGCAAGACAGCCUUGCACGUUGCUUGCUGCGGAGGAGGACAUGGAAGGUGUCUCGAAGUUUUGAGGUGUUUGUUGGCGAAUGGAGCAGAUCGUAAUGCAAAAUGGAAAGGGUGGACUGCUGCUCACUACGCCUGCUCUUUUACCCACCUUGAUGCCAUGAAGUUGCUGAUAAAACGCAAUUCAGAUUUCUUCGGCAUGCCGAUUCUUGGCAACAAGGAGAAGCAAACUUGUCUUCACAUUGCCAUUCGACGCAAUGAAGGCAAGUGUGUUGAGUGGUUGUUGGACAAUAUGAAGAUUGAGCAUAUCCAACAGACAAACUUAUAUGGGGAGACUGGUUGGGAAGCGGCGUGUGGUCUAGGGAGUAUAUCGUUUAAAGUGGCCAGCGCAUUUGUGCUGGCAGAAGAGAAUAAUCAAAGCUUCCACGCAGAUUGUUUGUGGGAUAAGCUGGAGCUGUUCGGAACGGUUACGACCUAUAGCUUUUGGCUGAGCAAUAUACCAGGCUUACUUGUAGGUGUCAUUGGACCAACUUGUUUUUGGCCGGAGAAUAUGCUGGAGGAUCUAAUAUCGAUUCAAGGCUUUACUCGGAACUCUUCUGAAAGAUAAAAAGAUUUCUCAGGCAGCAGUCAAGCUGCUUAUUGAAGAAUUUUGGAAUCUGCGCCAAACUGAAAAUGGACUAGGAGUCAGAGAUCCGUUGUGC